GUCAAAUCAUUUUUUCUGUCUAUGUGCCCUAUACAUUUUCUGGAUCAGCCAGUAUAACUAUGGAGCCUGACACGUGUGGUCAUUCCGGGAGCUCAACUUUCGUUAAAACGUCCGUCUCGGACGAGCUAGAGAAGUCAGAGUCAAGCCAGGUCGGAAACAGCAAGGUGAAGACCGAUGGUGAAAAGCAGCCAGGAAGCAAGGAGUUUGGGCAGCAGCAGACGGGCGAGCUCAAGUGGAAGAUGUUCACGGACGAGGAGUACUCCGAUUGGAAGACCUUCAGCGCCGACGACUGCAAGGUGCCGCUGCGCUCGUUUUUCUCCUACGUGGAGCUCCAGCCCAGUCCCGUGGUCACCUGCGUUGCGCGGCACAAGAAACCGGUGCCGCAAGUGCUGGCCGAGAUGAUCGAGGGCAACCUCGGUGCCUACAUCCGCAUUCGGAUCGGAACGCACAAGUUCCGGUGCAUCCCCAACCUGCUCAAGUGCUACUCGGUGUGGUUCGCCAACCGCGACUGGCGGAUGACCCGGUUCCAGUUCGAGGAGCGGCAGGUGCCUGCCCGCGGCUUUGCGGCGCUCUACGAAUGGAUGCGCACCGAGAAGGAGCCGGAGCUGAGGGUGGCGGUGCCCUCGCUGCAGGCCGCCCGCCACCUGCAGGUGCACCUGUUCGAGAAGACCUGCUGGACAGUGCUCUCCGGCGAGGCGGUGCGCGAGAAGGUGGCCUUCGGCGUGUACCUGAAGGCCAAGCGGGUGCCGGAGCUGGCCGACCUGUGCCACGUAAUGUUUGACCGGCUGCGCUACUUCUUCCUGGCGCUGGUGGGCAGCCCCGAGUUCCUGGCCCUCGAGGUGGACGUGCUGGAGCUGAUACUGCGGCGGGACUCCAUCGGAGUUAACUCCGAGAUGGAGGUGUUCUUCGCCGUGCUGCGGUGGCUGGGCCACACGCCCGCCGACGUGCCGAAGCGCCUGCCGCACAUGCGCCGCCUGAUGAGCUGCGUCCGCUUCCACCACCUGCCCAUGAGCUUCCUGUUCAGCCUGCGGGAGUCCAUCAACCGGCCGGACAAGAUGGAGCUCUUUCGGCCCGAUCCCGUGCUGCUGGCCUUCAACUCGGACCCCGAGAUGAUGACCAUGAUGGAGCACGCCCUCUCCUUCAUCGCCGUGCGCUGCCAGUACGAGGACACCGACGAGUUCCUCGCCAUCUGCGCCAGCCACCGCAUCGGCGUCGUCUUCCCGCGCCACUGGGUCUGCCACACCAAGUGUCCGUACCACCAGCGUGGCCUGGCCUUCCCGUACCAGCACCGCUUCACCGCCUCCGACUUCGGCGACUACAUCGCCGCCGUCCAGUCGGACUGGGUCGGCCCGGGGCCGGCGGAUCACGGAAAGUCGCUGGUCCUCGACCUGGACGCCGAUCCACUGCUCACCAGGCAGUCCCAGUAUAGAGCGAACCGUGGCUUGUAGACCAUUUAAACACUUUUAUAAGUUCGGGCAUAACUAUAAUUCUAACAGAUUCAUUUAUUUUCUAUACAACUUAUUUGUUUCGGUCACCAAAGUAAUUAGAUAAAACAUUCGCCUAGAAAAUUUGUCAACCUCAC